CCCCAAACAUGGCGGCGCCCAGCUCUUUGGUUCACCACCUGCUUCUGCUCCACCUCUAAUCUUACCCUUGCCGGAGUCGCCGGGGCCAUGGACGCGCCCGGCUUCAUGGCGUCGCUGGUGGCUGGAGGAGUAGCAGGUGCCUCUGUUGACUUGAUCUUAUUUCCUUUGGACACUAUUAAGACAAGGCUGCAGAGUCCCCAAGGAUUCAGCAAGGCUGGUGGUUUCCGUGGGAUCUAUGCUGGCGUCCCUUCUACAGCUGUCGGAUCCUUUCCUAAUGCUGCUAUGUUUUUUCUCACCUAUGAAUAUGUGAAAUGUUUGCUGCACACUGACUCGACUCCACACGUCAGGCCCAUGAAGCACAUGCUGGCCGCCUCUGCGGGAGAAGUGGUUGCCUGCUUGAUUCGAGUGCCUUCUGAAGUGGUUAAGCAGAGGGCACAGGUGUCUGCUUCUUCAAAAACCUUGCAGAUUUUUUCUACUAUCUUAAAGGAAGAGGGCAUCCAAGGACUGUACCGAGGCUACAGAAGCACAGUGUUGAGAGAGAUUCCUUUCUCCUUGGUCCAGUUUCCCUUGUGGGAAUCCCUGAAAGCCCUCUGGUCGUGGCGGCGGGGUCAUGUGGUGGAUUCUUGGCAGUCAGCAGUCUGUGGAGCUUUUGCAGGUGGGUUUGCAGCUGCAGUUACUACCCCUCUGGAUGUGGCUAAGACAAGGAUCAUGCUGGCAAAGGCGGGCUCCAGCACUGCUGAUGGGAAUGUGCUCUCUGCCAUGCACAGGGUGUGGCGUUCACAAGGACUAGCAGGGUUAUUUGCAGGUGUCUUCCCACGAAUGGCAGCAAUCAGUAUGGGAGGCUUCAUCUUUCUGGGUGCCUAUGACCAGACCCGCAGCUUGCUGUUAGAAGUGGGCAGGAAGAGCCCGUGAAGUGGACACUGCAUCCUUGGAGAAGAGGACUGCUGUGCAAUCCCUGUCCUCCCGGGACUGGCUCAGUCAUCCAAGCAAGGAAGUUGACGCUGCAGCGUGGUGCCUUGAGGAGUGCUGCAGAGUGCAGCCCUGAGUGUCGUCCGAGGCACAGGCUGCCCCUGAGGAAACUGUCCUGAGUGGACCUUCAGAUCAGCAUCUCAGACCCCUCAAUAAAUCCUCUUGGUAAGCUCA